AUGGGCAUGCGCAACUGCCUCGACGGCAAUAAUAUGUCAGGACAACGCGAUAUCCCCCCUGAAAUCGGGGAACAGCCCGAUCAACCAUCUUUGGAGGCCCCAGGGGCAGCUGCCCCCGGUGCUGGGCCUAGCCCAGCCGAAGAGAUGGAGACCCAACCGCCUCACAACAAGCCCAUCCCCAUCAAGAAUGACAGCAAGGCCUGUGGACCCCCAGAGGUCUCCAGGCCCAACUUUCAGGUCCUCAACCCGGCAUUCAAGGAAGCUGGAGCCCAUGGAAGCUACAGCCCACCUCCUGAGGAAGCAAUGCCCUUCGAAGUGGAACAGCCCAGCUUGGGAGGCUUCUGGCCUACACCGAAGCAGCCUGGAUCCCCCAGUGGGGCCCAUGCAGGCCUUGAGGCCUUCGGCCCAGCAUUCAUGGAACCUGGAGCCUUCAGUGGUGCCAGACCAGGCCUGGGAGGAUACAGCCCUCCACCAGAAGAAGCUAUGCCCUUUGAGUUUGACCAGUCUGCCAAGAGAGGCUGCAGUCAACCUCUCUUACAGGUCCCAGACCUUGCUCCAGGAGGCCCAGGUGCUGCAGGGGUCCCCGGAGCUCCUCCCGAGGAGCCCCAAGCCCUCAGGCCUGCAAAGACUGGCUCCAGAGGAGACUACAGCCCUCCCCCUGAGGAGACUAUGCCAUUUGAGCUUGAUGGAGAAGGAUUUGGGGACGACAGCCCAUCCCCGGGGCUUUCCCCAGUUAUCGCACAAGUUGACGGCGGCGGCCAGUUCGCGGCAGUCGCGGCCUCGAGUGCGGUCCGCCUCACUCCCACCGCGAACGCGCCUCCCCUCUGGGUCCCAGGCGCCAUCGGCAGCCCAUCCCGAGAGGCUGUCAGACCUCCUCCUAACUUCACAGGCAGUAGCCCCCCGAUGGAGAUCUCCGGACCCCCACUCGAGAUGGGCAGCGCCCCCGCUGGGGUCGAUGACGCUCCCGUCAACAUGGACAGCCCCCCAGUCGCGCUUGACGGCCCGCCCAUCAAGGUCUCCGGAGCCCCAGAUAAGAGAGAGCGAGCAGAGAGACCCCCAGUUGAGGAGGAAGCAGCAGAGAUGGAAGGAAGCACAGCCGCUGAUGCCGCGGAGGGAGGAAAAGUCCCCUCUCCGGGGUACGGAUCCCCUGCCGCCCGGGCAGCCUCAGCGGAUACCGCCACCGGGGCAGCCCGUGCAGCCCCAGCGGAUCCCGACUCCAGAGCAGCCCCAGAAGAUCCCGACGCCGGGGCAGCCCCAGAAGAUCCCGACGCCGGGGCAGCCCCAGAAGAUCCCGACGCCGGGGCAGCCCCAGAAGAUCCCGACGCCGGGGCAGCCCCUGCCGCCCCGGCCGAUCCCGACUCCGGGGCGGCCCCUGAUGCCCCGGCCGAUCCCGACUCCGGGGCGGCCCCUGACGCCCCGGCCGAUCCCGACUCCGGGGCUGCCCCUGACGCCCCGGCCGAUCCAGACGCCGGGGCAGCCCCUGACGCCCCAGCGGUUCCAGAUGCCGGGGCAGCCCCUGACGCCCCAGCCGAUCCAGAUGCCGGGGCAGCCCCUGAGGUUCCCGCCGCCCCUGCGGCUGGUGAGACCCGGGCAGCCCAUGUCGCCCCAGCUGCGCCUGACGCCGGGGCUUCCACUGCCCCAGCCGCUUCUGCCACCCGGGCAGCCCAAGCCGCCCGGGCGGCCUCUGCAGCCCCUGCCUCCGGGGCCAGACGCAAGCUCCAUCUCCUUAGACCCCCCAGCCCCGAGAUCCAGGCUGCCGAUCCGCCUACUCCGCGGCCUACUCGCGCGUCUGCCUGGCGGGGCAAGUCCGAGCGCAGCCGCGGCCGCCGCGGGUACUACGAUGAAGGGGCGGCCAGCAGCGACGAUGACUCCAGCGGAGACGAGUCCGACGAUGGGACCUUCGGAUGCAUCCGCUGGUUUCAGCAUCGGCGAAAUCGCCGCCGCCGAAAGCCCCGGCGCAACUUACUCCGCAACUUCCUCAUGCAAGCCUUCGGGAGCUGCUUCGGUCGAUCUGAGAGUCCCCAGCCCAAAGUCUCGCGCUCCCCCAAGGUCAAGAAGGUACCCCUGGCAGAGCAGCGCAGACAGAUGCGCAAAGAAGCCCUGGAGAAGCGGGCCCAGAAGCGCGCAGAGAAGAGACGCAGCAAGCUCAUCGACAAACAACUCCAGGACGAAAAGAUGGGCUACAUGUGUACGCACCGCCUGCUGCUUCUAGGUGCUGGAGAAUCUGGUAAAAGCACCAUUGUGAAGCAGAUGAGGAUCCUGCAUGUUAAUGGGUUUAAUGGAGAGGGCGGCGAAGAGGACCCGCAGGCUGCAAGGAGCAACAGCGAUGGUGAGAAGGCAACCAAAGUGCAGGACAUCAAAAACAACCUGAAAGAGGCAAUCGAAACCAUCGUGGCCGCCAUGAGCAACCUGGUGCCCCCUGUGGAGCUGGCCAACCCCGAGAACCAGUUCAGAGUGGACUACAUUCUGAGUGUGAUGAACGUGCCUGACUUUGACUUCCCUCCCGAAUUCUACGAGCAUGCCAAGGCUCUGUGGGAGGAUGAAGGAGUGCGUGCCUGCUAUGAACGCUCCAACGAGUACCAGCUGAUUGACUGCGCCCAGUACUUCCUGGACAAGAUCGAUGUGAUCAAGCAGGCUGACUAUGUGCCGAGCGACCAGGACCUGCUUCGCUGCCGCGUCCUGACUUCUGGAAUCUUCGAGACCAAGUUCCAGGUGGACAAAGUCAACUUCCACAUGUUUGACGUGGGUGGCCAGCGUGAUGAACGCCGCAAGUGGAUCCAGUGCUUCAACGAUGUGACUGCCAUCAUCUUCGUGGUGGCCAGCAGCAGCUACAACAUGGUCAUCCGGGAGGACAACCAGACCAACCGCCUGCAGGAGGCUCUGAACCUCUUCAAGAGCAUCUGGAACAACAGAUGGCUGCGCACCAUCUCUGUGAUUCUGUUCCUCAACAAGCAAGAUCUGCUCGCUGAGAAAGUCCUUGCUGGGAAAUCGAAGAUUGAGGACUACUUUCCAGAAUUUGCUCGCUACACUACUCCUGAGGAUGCCACUCCCGAGCCCGGAGAGGACCCACGCGUGACCCGGGCCAAGUACUUCAUUCGAGAUGAGUUUCUGAGGAUCAGCACUGCCAGUGGAGACGGGCGUCACUACUGCUACCCUCACUUCACCUGCGCUGUGGACACUGAGAACAUCCGCCGUGUGUUCAACGACUGCCGUGACAUCAUUCAGCGCAUGCACCUUCGUCAGUACGAGCUGCUCUAAGAAGGGAACCCCCAAAUUUAAUUAAAGCCUUAAGCACAAUUAAUUAAAAGUGAAACGUAAUUGUACAAGCAGUUAAUCACCCACCAUAGGGCAUGAUUAACAAAGCAACCUUUCCCUUCCCCCGAGUGAUUUUGCGAAACCCCCUUUUCCCUUCGGCUUGCUUAGAUGUUCCAAAUUUAGAAAAGCUUAAGGCGGCCUACAGAAAAAGGAGACAAGGCCACAGAAGUUCCCUCUGACUUUCAAUAAAAAUAAAUAAAACAACAGCAGCAAACAGAAAUAAAAUGAAAUAAAAGAAACAAAUGAAAUAAAUAUUGUGUUGUGCAGCAUUAAAAAAAUCAAAAUAAAAAUUAAAUGUGAGCAAAGAA